AGGGGCGAUCCGUGGGGAGGUUGUCGGCUCGCCGCUGGCGUUUGCAGGAGGCGUCCGGGAGCGCACAGCGGCGGAGAGAACGAGCGGGACGCUCCGCCUGGGCUUUUGGAGCAGCGGGACCCGGCCGGCUCUAGUCCCCCUGGCGCAGCUCCUUCCAAGCGGAAGGAGAGCAAAAGUCCGGGAAGCAGCCGGCCAGGGCAGCCCUUCGCGAGCGACGGCAAACGGUGCGAAGAGUCUCGGGCGGCUGAAAGGCCAGCGGAAGGCGAGGGGCAGAAGCCGGGCAGGCAGGAUCCUGCCUCAUUUCUUCUGGUGCAGGAAGGGCAACUGAGUCUGUGGUAAACAUGCUGCAUACGAAAGUGAAGAUAGAAAAGACGGAUCUAGAGACAGCCAAUGCUCGGAACCGCCUUGAAGCAGUGUUGCAGUGUUUGCUGGAGAAAACCGAUGUUGAUCGGGAACAAAUGGAAGAGGACUCUGGAAAGACACAGUCGGAUGGGCUCAGCAAGGACUCUUCUCCUACUGCCACUGGAAAGAGGCCGUCCACCCGGUUCCCCCAUCACCGCCGCAAGAAGAGGAAGGAGGCCGAUGAUGGACUCGCUGAAGGUGGCCAGCAGAAACAGAAUACCUACAUCAUCAAGCUGUUUGACCGGAGUGUGGACCUGGCGCAGUUCUCCGAGAGCACACCUCUGUACCCGAUCUGUCGUGCCUGGAUGCGGAACAGUCCCAUGGUGCGGGUGCAGGAGCGAUCCCCGAGCCCCCUCUUGCCCUCCCUUCCUGAAGAUGAGGAGGGGUCUGCGGGGCUGAACGGGAAGAGCCAGGAUGUGCACAAGCUUCCCCCGCCAACUUCUUGCCAGACAAACACCGCAGGGGAGCCGGUGAACCUGCGCAUUCCGUCCCCACUCCAGCCUGAGGAGGCUAAAGUAGUGGUUGACACGGCUUCUGAAGCAGUGCCUUCAAUGUCCAGCCUUAUCUACAAGAACAUGGAGCGAUGGAAGAAGAUCCGGCAGAGGUGGAAAGAGGCUUCGCACAAGAAUCAGCUGCGCUACACUGAGAGCAUGAAGAUCUUGAAGGAGAUGUACGAGCGGCAGUGAGGAGCGGGUGCUUCAGUGGGCGGCUGGCAUGCCCUUGCAGCACGCCAGUUCUCGGAGCCUCGCCUGCCCCUGCAGGUUGUGUGGUGUGAGAAUAAAUGGCAUAUUCAGACUGUG